UCGCGAGAAUAAGAGCCAAAGUCAGGCAUAGAGAGAGGAAACAGAGCGGCGCGCGGGCGCUACACUCGCGAGCUUCCAGUUUCGAGCUCGCGGCUAAGACGUCACUGGCCCACAGAGAUAGGAAAAGGAAAGACACACACACACAACUCCCCUGCAGAAAUGAUGGCUCCAUGCUGGGGGCAUCCUGGGAUUUGUAGUUUCCUGCGGCACCAGAGCCCCAUGGCCAGAAACUACAACUCCCAGGAUUCCAUAGCACUGGCCCAGGGCAGUCGGAUGGAAUGGGGAAAGGCUGCAACUGAGGGCCAGCCCCAGGAGGCUGUUAUACAAAUCUGCAGGGAGGGCGAUAGGGAAGCCAAGCCCCAGGAUUUGCCUGUUGCUCUCCAUCGCAGGCGCUCUUCCUUCCGAGGGAAUGGAAAUGAUGCCUGGCCAGCCCUUCAAAGCGGGAGGGCUCCGUCCAGGGCUCCACUUGGCAGAGACGCCUUUGCCCAGGAUGGCUCUCCUGCUCCUCCUCUGCCUCUUGUCCCUCUUCUGCUCCAGGGGCUCCUCUUCUUGGGCUCCUCUGGCGCUGGACGGAGAUUAUGCGCUCGCAGGGCUCUUCCCCAUCCACCGAGGCAACGCCAACCCAAGCCAGAGGCCCAGGCCGCAGGUGGAGGUCUGCGAGAGUGCAACCGUCCGGAGCAGCCACAGCUAUUACCUGGUCCAGGCCAUGCGCUUCGCCAUGGAGGAAAUCAACAACGCCAGCGACCUCCUGCCCAACGUCACGCUGGGCUAUGCCAUCUACGACACGUGCGGGUCCUCAGCCAACAUGUACGCCACACUGAGCAUCCUGUCCCAAGGCGGAGAUGGCUGCCGCGGUCACAGGGAUGUGGCAGUGGCCGCCAACUACACCUUUUACAGGCCCAGUGCAGUGGCCGCGAUCGGGCCGGACUCCAGUGAGGAAGCUCUCUUGACCGCUAGCCUGCUGGGCAUCUUCCAAGUCCCAGAGGUGAGCUAUGAAGCCACCAGCCGCACGCUGAGCCAGAAGCGCAUCUUCCCCUCCUUCCUGCGCACUGUCCCCAGCGACCGCCUGCAGGUGGAUGUCCUUGUGCGCCUGCUGUCAGCGUUCCACUGGACCUGGGUGGCCGUCCUGGGCAGCGACAACAACUAUGGCCGCCAGGGGCUGCAGAUGCUGCGCGAGGCCACCCCUCAAGCGGGCAUCUGCUUUGCUUACCAGGGGAUCCUUCCUGUCAACAAGGACGCCACCAGGGAGGUCUUGGCCAGGAUCAUCCUGGACGUGGUGGCCUCCAGCGCCAAGGUGGUCAUCCUCUUCUCCAACAAACACAGCGUCAGGUCUUUCUUCCAGGAGGCCAUCCAGCAGAAUGUGACUGGGAAGAUAUGGGUUGGCACAGAGGACUGGUCAUUGUCCACAGACAUCUGGGAGAUCCCUGGCAUCUGGAGCAUUGGGACUGUGAUUGGGGUGUCGGUCAAGCAGGCCCAGCUUCCAGGACUGAAGGAGUUUGAAGCGGACUUUGCAGAAUCCGCAAGAGCCAAGGCUGAGCACUCCAGCCUCAGUGAUGCCAAAGCCACAUCUUGUCAGAACUGUAGAGAAACGUGCAGCCAGCCAUGUUCCCACUUCUGCAGGCCGGACUCAGUGACCGAAUGGGAGCCGUCCCCGUAUGACAUGCAGGGGGCUUUCAGCGUGUAUUCUGCCGUGUAUGCGGUGGGACAUGGCCUCCAUCGCCUGCUGGGAUGCCAUACAGGGCUGUGCCACAAAGGGACCGUCUAUCCUUGGCAGCUCCUGAGGGAAGUAAAACGUGUGAACUUCAGCCUCUACCAAAGGCAGGUCUAUUUUGAUGCCAACGGAGACACCCUGGGAGGCUAUGACUUGGUCUUGUGGAUGUGGGAAGGUCAAGACUGGAACUACAGGGUGAUUGGCUCCUUCAACCCUCCAGACCACCUGAGCAUCGACAGAGAGAAGAUUCAAUGGCAAACGGAGGAUAACCAGGUUCCUGUCUCAGUCUGUUCUAAAGACUGUGAUGUUGGGGAGCAGAAAGUGCUGCAGGGCAUGCACCGCUGCUGCUUCCACUGUGUGGCCUGUUUGCCGGGGACCUUCUUGAACAAAAGCGACCUCUACACCUGUCAGACGUGCAGGAAGGGCCAGUGGUCCCCCGCCAAGAGCGAGGCCUGUUUCGAACGCACAGUCAUCUUCCUGCCCUGGGCUGACCCCAUCUCUCUGACCCUCUUGGCCAUCACCACCCUUCUGCUCUCGCUCAUGGCCAGCACAGCCUUCUUCUUCUCCCGCAACUUGGAGACCCCAGUGGUGCGGUCAGCCGGGGGCCGUCUCUCCUUCGCCAUGCUGGGUGCCCUGGCCGGUGCCACCCUCAGCCUGUACUGCAACUUCGGAGUGCCAGGGAGGCUGAACUGCCCACUGAGGUUCCCGCUGUACAAUAUCAGCUUCAGCCUCUGCCUCGCCUGUAUGGUGGCCCGCUCUGUCCAGAUUGUUAUCAUCUUCAAGAUGGCCACCAAAGCCCCCAGCCUCUAUGAGGCCUGGCAGCGUUACCACGGCCCCCACCUCCUCAUUGUGGUCCUCACUAGCCUGCAGGGCCUUUUGGCCCUCAUCUCCCUCAGCAUCGACCUCCCGGCUCCCCUCCAGGACUACAACAUCUCCCCGAAGCUGAUUUUCCUGGUGUGCUCCACCAUGGACAGCAUCCUGACUUUGAGCGGCAUCAUCUACAAUGGCCUCCUGGGGGUGGCCUGCUUUGUGGUCAGCUACCUGGGGAAGGACCUGCCCAGCAGCUACAGCGAGGCCAAAUGCAUCACCUUCAGCCUCCUGGUCUACUUUGUCUCCUUCGUCUGCUACAGUAUCGUCCGUCAGAUCUACCAGGGCCGCUACCUGAUCGCCUUUUAUGUCACCUCCCACCUCUGCACCCUCGCUGGGGUCUUCGGGGGCUACUUCGCUCCCAAGGCCUACAUCAUCCUCUUCCACUCGGAGCGCAACACCAACGAGCAUUUCCAGAUGUCCAUCCAGAGUUACACCAAGAGGACAAACCUGGCAGGCUGAGGAGGGAGGCAGUCCGCUGCCAUGGGGCUAGUCUGCACCACAAUUCAAAAGGCAGUACAGAGGGCAGGGGAAGAGGGUCUGGAUCUGGCAGGGACAGUCUGCUUUCAAAAUGCCCCAGUUACUUCCAUUGCCAAAGGGCAAAAAUGGCUUGCCCUCCAUUAACUCAGGAGGGGUAGCUUUAGGGGGAAUGAAAGCAGUGCCCUCCCUGCCCCAAACAGAGUUCUUCCCCUCCAUGAAAUUCCUCUUCGUUUCCCAAAUUUCUAUCAUUGCUGUAACUUAAAACUUCAGUUAAGUAUUUAGAAAUGGCUGACUCAAACAGGGGUAUUGGGCCAAACGCCUUUUCUCCCCCUCCCCAUGAAUUUUCCCUAGAUGUGAAUGGUUUCAGUGUAGUAGUUAAUGUAUUAUUAUUAUUCUCUGCAAUGCUAGGAAUUUGGGGGACACAGGAAAAUUUCCAAUUGGGAAGGCAGGCUUGUACCCCUCCUCUUUUCAUUUCCUAAUAAAACAAUGGCAACCACUGAUGUGUUUCCUUCAAUAGUCUUUUAAUUCAGAGACUGUUUUAACAUUACA